UCAAAGCGCAAUCUGAUUUGCAGCCUGUGUUACAACCUAAGGUUCAUCAUGUAGUACAACCUGAAGUGCAUACUGUAGUACAACCUUAUGUACAUCCUACAGUACAUCGCGCAGUGCAGUUGGUAGUACAACAAACAUACGCCGCCAUAAAAAAACAGCUAAACAGUCUCGGUAUUUUGCAACUAUUUUUUGGAAACCAUUUUAUUUUGUAGUGGUGAUUUUAUUGUACAGCAAUAACAAAUUUUAAAAAAUUGAUGCAGUACGACUUGUAUGAAUUCUGUUACUAGUAUUUAUAUCGCUUAUAAAGAAAGCGCACGGUAAGAAACGUUCUGUGCCAGCAUGACUUUCUUGUUUCUAAAUUGAAAAGGUGAUUAAUGAAAUUCAGCGGAAAGUGAUCAGCAAAAACAAAUUAUCAAAAUCUGUUUUAUGAAAGAAGAAACGAAUUCUGACAUCGUUAUUCAAAAAAUCCAAUAUCACAUGCAUGUACAGUUACAGUGGUUAAUAGCAGCAAUAAUAUAAUAAUGGUUGCAAUCGAAACUAAGGAAAUUGUGUAAGUCUUAUACGCAAUUAGGGUUCGAUGGAUAAAGCCCUGCUCAUUGGCUGUGGGUGGGAGUUCGUUAUAGCGUUAGGUCUACGAGGAGCUGUUUUCGCGUUAGGAACGCGUCUGUCACGGGCCACAGACUGAGCUGUCCUUCGCACAGGAGGCGCUCACAUGCACUGUCGUUCUGGCCUUUUUGUCGUUGUGUGGGUCCGCGGUCCAGAACUGCAUUAUUGUGUUUAAGCACAGUAUAAUUCCGACGAAUAAUGAAAAAUUAGAUUAAAUUAGAAUACAUGCUUUGUUGAUUGUUUGUGCAUUAUGCCUCCCCAGACGAAGAAGCGUCGAGGGGGUCGGGAAGUGGACAUCUUUCUUAGUGUUGCCUCGAAGAAAUGCGUGGAACAGCUCGACGCUGUGCUGAAGAGGGUCUUUUGCCGUGGUUCCCGAGAAUCAGUGAUCCUUUGUGGACCUUCUGGUUGCGGAAAAUCCACAGUUUUAGAGCAGGCUCUCCAAAUAUACCGAGAUGACAGUGAUUUGUGGAAUACCUUCCACCAUAUCAGACUGGAUGGCUGGACCCAAGCUGGCGACUCACGGACAUGCGUGGAUGAAAUCCUGCUGCAGGUUGGUGCUGGCAGACAGAAGAACGAUGGCGGAAUUACUGGUUCUUUGGCCGAAAAAUUGCUGGAAAUGGGGCGCAUUUUGACUGACGUUUCCCAAAAGGAGAACAAAUCUGGUUUUCUUAUUAUUAUUGAUCAGUUGGAAGGGCUGGCGGAGCAGAAGACCCAGUUAAUUCUGUACACUCUUCUGGAUCUUGUGUUUACGAGUACGCUUGCUGUUUGUGUGAUUGGAAUGACGACCGUCCUUGAUGUUAUGGAACGAAUGGAAAAGCGCGUUAGAUCAAGAUUUUCCAACCGUAUCAUUAAUGUCGGCGCGGAAAUAUUUGCUGGCUUCGAUGAAUUUUGUCAUGCCUUUGUUUUUCGGGCGUCCUGUUUGAUAGACGAACUUGCGGAAAGCGAUGGUACGCAGAAGAAGAGCGAUGUUGCUGAAGCUCUGAAAGAGGGAACCGCUGUGCAGAGCUUAGAGAAAGCCUACGAAGAAAGAGGAGGAUGGAAUACCAUUAAUCAGUUGUCACUACUGGUGGCGUCUUUCUGUGAAAAUUGUGGCUCCAGGUUCACUGCAAAACAUAUUGUCCAAGCAGUUAAAAUGAUCCUCGAAGAUCGAACAGUGGAUGUUAUUAGAGAUCUGCCACAUCUCCAUUUUGCUCUUCUGCUAUGUUGCUUUCAGUUCACCAGAACACACCAGACAAGAAAUUUUAAUUACUGUUUGGUGGAAGAAAUCUACAGCGAGGCUACAAAAAUGCGGCUGAGGAAUUUGAAGUUUGGCCAGCAUUUACUGAUGCAAGCAUUCUCGGAUUUGGUAGAUUACGGACUUCUGAAGUUCGUCGAUCGAGUGAAGGAUGAGCCUUGGAAGUACCGAUCGGUCACUUUAGGCAUGGCACUGCAGCAUAUCCGUGGCGCUGUUGGUGAAAUAGAUAUGACCAAAAUGCCUACUGAUUUGAGAGCAUUUUGCAGUGAAGUCUUGCGGUAAUGUAUUUAUUUUCGUACUUUUUAUUUUCUUUUGUCCUUCCAUUUUUGAAUUUUGUUAAUUUGCUUUCCUGUUAGCAUUUACACGAGUAUUGCGUAUUCAGUUUAAUUUCUUUGAAAACAUUGACCAUCGGCUACUUGACCAAAAUUUUUGAUUGUUUUUAUCGGUUUUAGUGGUAAACCACAUUAAAACUAAGUGUGUAUUUGUCGUAUACUACCGGAUUUCAUCUGUUCGGAUGUUAGCACAAACAAGCUAAAAUAGUUGUGAGUUUACUACCAUACGAGUAUAAUACGUACCACAUGCAUAAUAUUGUACAUGCAUAGUUAUGUCAUGAAAACCCGGGAAACGUCUAUGGACGAGAAUUAUGUUACAGAAAUAAAAUCUCAGACUUGCUUCAAGACUCAUUUCAUUUAGAACAUCUUUCGCGG